GAAAUCUUGUUCCAUUGUGGUACAAUUUUUAUACAGUCGAAAUUCACCACUGUUUUAUAUAGAAAUCUCAAUACAUUUGAAAACACCAGCGUUGAAUAGAGAAAAUUAGUUAACUAAAAACAAACACAGCUUCAUUGCGAUGUUACGAUAAAAACAAGACUUAAUUUUAAAAUUUGUUGUGUUUUCACAUCUUUUGUGGAUUUCCAUUCGUAAGCACGGUGUAAUUAACGAUAAUUAUUAUUAAUUAUGCUCCGAAACAACGCCAGAUAUUGUUUUCUGGUUAAAAAAUGUGACCUUCAAAGAUGUAAGCAUACAUCAAGUAAACUUGACGCCAUCAGAGAAAAACUUAAGGAAGGACCCAGCUUAGCAGAAUUUGUGUCAGAAGACAGACCGAAAAAUUGGGAGGAAUAUGAAGGGAAACUUAAAAGGGAAAAAGGGGAGCAAGAGCGUCUUCGUCUUCCCCCAUGGCUGAAGACGACGAUUCCUACAGGUUCAAAGUUCAGUGAACUAAAGCAACAGCUCCGGACUUUGAAGUUAAGCACAGUAUGUGAAGAGGCUCGAUGUCCGAACAUAGGAGAAUGCUGGAGUGGGGGCAAACAUGGCACUUCCACAGCUACUAUUAUGCUUAUGGGCGACACUUGUACUCGAGGCUGCAUGUUCUGCUCGGUGAAGACGUCUCGAGCGCCGCCGCCGCUGGAUGUAGACGAGCCUCGCAACACGGCGCUCGCCAUCCACCAAUGGGGGCUCGGGUACAUCGUGCUAACCUCGGUGGACAGAGACGAUCUACCAGACGGAGGCUCGUCACAUUUCGCUGAAACUGUAAAAGAAAUCAAGAGACAAAACAGCGAGAUCCUAGUGGAAUGCCUGGUGCCCGACUUCCGAGGCAACCGUGAGAGCAUCGAAAGGAUCGCGCUGUGCGGCCUGGACGUGUUCGCGCAUAACAUCGAGACUGUCGAGCGACUCACGCCCUUCGUACGGGACCCUAGAGCUGGUUACCGCCAGACGUUGAAAGUGUUAGAAACGGCGAAGGAGAUCAACCCGGACCUCGUGACGAAGUCGUCAAUAAUGCUGGGACUGGGCGAGACGGACCAACAAGUGGAACAAACAAUGAAAGAUCUUCGUUCAGCAGGCGUGGACUGCGUGACCCUAGGCCAGUACAUGCAGCCUACCAAACGCCACCUCAAAGUCUUCGAGUACGUCACUCCCGCCAAGUUCAAGCAGUGGGAAGACAGAGGCAAUGAGCUCGGCUUUCUGUAUACAGCUAGUGGGCCCUUAGUUCGGUCCUCGUAUAGGGCUGGGGAGUUCUUCAUCGCGAGCCUGCUGAAGGAUAGAAAGUCGAAGCGACAGUGACCGAUAGAUGGCGCUGCCGUUAGUUCCGAUUGACGGCGAUAGAUGGCGCGAUAUUAGUAUAAUUUAGGAAAAAUAAGCUACUGAACGUUAAAAUAAUUGGAUGUAGCUUUUUGACUCAUUGAUACGUUGUUUCACUAUAUUAUUUUGUUGUCGAAGGAUUUUCAUUAGCAAUAAUAGCAUCUAUAUUUUUUCCUAUGUCACGUUUCCUACGUCAUAGGUUUAUACGUAUCAAUAGAUGAUACUUCGAAUCUUUUUAACACAUAUUCCUACUUUUUUCAAAAUUUUGAACAGUUAUAUUAUAAACUUUGAUUGACUCAAUGGAAUAUACUACACUGUUUUACUGUAGAAAACACCGAGGCUUACAUCAUAAUAAGCUAGUAUGUAGCUUGUACAUAAUAACUUUAGAUAUUAAUAUUUGUUAUGUAGUGAAUAUAUUAUA